AUGGAGUGGGCAAGAAAGCCUCUGGAGAUAGUCAUAAUCGGGGGCUCUUUGACUGGCUUGCUCUGUGGAGUUGCGCUGAAGCAUGCAGGGCACACAGUAACUAUAAUUGAGAAGGAUGACAAUGAACGCCAGAGCCACAUGGCGGGCGUUUGCCUUGGACUUGAUGCUGCAGUCUUUUUGACACACCAUGACCGCCAUGAAACAGUGUUUUGCCACAGUUGCACGAGCAUCCAGGCUGUGACAAGAGACAACGGGAUUAAACCCUUCCUCAAAGCGCGCCGUGAAAUUACAAACUGGGAUACUUUCUACUUCCGCCUACGUUCAUUGUUUGAUGGAUAUAGUAAUUCAUACUACCCGGCAUUACCAAAGUCAAUCAAUACAGACGGCUGUGUUGCAUACAAAUGCCGUAGUGAGGUUUCUGACAUCUCUCGAGCCACUAAUGGCGAAGGCAAGAUGGUCUUAACUAUCCUAAAUCAUGAAAUUCAACAGCUCUCUACAAAAGAAGCCGAUUUCGUUAUUGGUGCUGAUGGACCAAAUUCUGUGAUCCGUGCUAAAUACGCUCCCAGUGUUCAUCGGCAAUACGCAGGAUACAUUGCCUGGAGAGGAUUGGUACCAGAAUCCGAGGUGUCUGCUUCAACACGAAAGAUUUUCGAUCAUAGCGUGACUGUGCACAUGAUGGACCGACAUCAUUGCUUGAUGUAUAUUAUUCCUGGACAAAACGGCUCUCUAAAGCCGGGAAAUAGAUUCCUCAAUUUUCUCUGGUACACAAACGAAUCGACUGAGGCUUUGGAUGAAAUAAUGGUGGAUGAUCUCAAUGGACAUCGCCAUCAAUAUAUUGUUCCAGCUGGACACGUUCGAAAGGAUAUUUGGGAUGCACGCCUGGAUCGGGCCAAAAAUCUUCCGCUUGCUGCGCCAUUCCUUGAAGUCAUACUUAAGAUUCAGCAGCCCUUCAUUCAAGUGAUAACAGAUUUCUGCUCCCCACGGGCUACGUUUGAGGAUGGCCAAGUGCUGCUAGCAGGAGAUGCUUUAUCUCUGUGCCGUCCACACACGGCUUUCAGUUGUACCCAAGCAGCUUUCCAUGCAUCGCUCAUCAACAAUUAUAUCAACCAGCAGAUGUCCUUGACGGAAUUGGAAGAGAGAAUGGUACGAUACUCGUUCUUACAUUGGAGGCAGAGCAUUUGGUGGGGUGAAUUCUACCAACGCAAUAAGGCAGUUGCACUGCUCUCUGGUCUUUGUUUUUGGGGAUAUUGUGGCAUUGAUAUAAUAAAGUCAUGGUGGAGAGGUGAAGAACGACUAUUCCGGGGUUCGUCCUACAUCAUAAAAAAACAUGAUUAGUAACUACCCCUAGUACUUUGCAGUCAAUUUGGCGUGUCUCUUGUCAGUUUGACCAAGGUAGCUGCAGUCAUUGGAUCAACUGAUAUAUUCGGACAUGACAAGUAACGGCCUGUACACCCCUAUCAGGAAUACACUGUGGAUGUCUC